CAUCCAAAGACUUUCCAGUUGCAUCGAGUUGCGUUUUCGAUGAAGCGUGUGCGUCCGGAGUCCGAACAAGUGGCCUCCUUUGACCCGGCCUCUGCACGGAAAGUGCACCAAAGUGAUGAUUUGGGAGUCACCUUUUACAAGUACCCACCCAAUGCAGAGGUGAGUGUCCGGCAGUUUGAGGACUAUACAGCCAGCCGAUUGAAGCUUUUGCACGCCAUCGACCGAGCAUGCAACAGUCAAGAGCUCCGAUUGGAACAGAUGAAAGACUCCAUCAGGCCGAAGCUAGGAAAUGAGUUUCGGGAAUCGGGCCUUGAGCUGGUCUACCCAGAGACGAAAGCCAGGAUGGAGACCUUUCGAUUGGAGAAAGUAGAGUUCCAAAGUCGGGACAGCAUUUCCCAUUUUGCACUCCGUUUGGCCUUUUGCAAGAGCCGUGAUGCGCGAGAGUGGUUCCUCCGUCAAGAGCAACGGCUCUUUGUGCUACGUUUUGAAGCACUGAAUGCCGAGGCUCGUGAGGCCUUCUUGGGAUCCGAAGGAAUUGAAUGCAACAGGUUCGUGGAGACAGAGGGCGAGAAGAUGACCUUGAAGAUGUUGCAGAGAUGUACUCCUGGUGCAAAGAUAUGGGUGGAGAAGAGUGGAACGAAGGUACCGGAAUUCGACCAGACGUUCUAUGUGAUGCCCUUUCGGGCGGUGCCGGAGAAGUUAAUCUCGGGCCGCCGGGUGGUGUUGCAGCGUGGGAAAGCCUACGUUCCAGCAAGCCUGCUGAAGCUGGUGAUCACGAAGCGCUUCAAAGAGAACUUGGCUGAAGCUCUGGAGGUGGCAUUCCACGGUCAACAUGCUGCUCUCAUGGAUCCGAGGGUGGGUGGUUUUCUGCGAGUCUUGCAGGACUAUGGAUUGCAGUUGGUGGCAGGUCCGCGCUCAUCCUCCGAGGAGCCUAGGGAGAAGCUGUCAUUACAAAACUUUGAAGAGCUUUUGCCGCGCUCCUUCCCGCCCUGCAUGCGACGACUGGUGGAGAAGCAACGCGAAACCACGAAGCACUUGAAGCAUGCUGGGCGGUUGCAGCUAAGGCCCUUCCUCAAGGCUUGUGGAUUCACCUUUGAGGAGUCCUGCCAGUGGUGGAAGAAGGAGUUAUGUCGAGAUCCAUUGAUCACCAGCGAGACCUAUGAAAAGAGCUAUCACUAUGACAAUGAGCAUGCCUACGGCAAAAAGGGUCAUCAUCAGGGGCAAAACUGUUUUGGAUGCCCGAAGAUCAUUGGUUCGCCAGGAGAGGCACCUGGACAGGUUCACGGUUGCGUCUUCAAGCAGCUCGAACCCUCUGCUUUGCAAAACCAACUGCAAAGAUGGCAAGUGCCCUUACCUGCGAUGAUGGAAAUCCAGAGGCUCAUCAAGGAAGGCAAGCACUACCAACUUGCUUGUAUCGAAUACUUCAAGUCGCAGCACCCCUUGAGCGAUGGGGAAGGGGUGGGCAACUCACCAGUGGAUUUCUUCCGAAGUAGUGUUCGCUUUCACAAGGAGAAGGAAAAGGAGAAGGGGACGACGAGCCCUACCAAGGAAGUUGCGGCUGUGGCGUCCGAGAUGCCACAGGCGAUAGCGGCGGCAUGAAAUUCGAACAUGGUCGCAUAGAGGCAGUGAUGGAGAUGAAUGGAGACCCAUUCAUAUCCUGCUUGAAAUGCUCAGAAUCACUUCCGGUUCAGGGUUGGGUGGGCAAGGAAGGCAGCGCUGUGGUCAUCCAGUGACUGCAAUGUGCUUCUACUCCUGGGGCGAGAAGAGGCUUUGGGGUGAGCCUCGCGAAGCAAAAGAAAGGGGUGG